AUGGAUUUCUCCAAGAUCACCUCCAUGGCCGAGAGCGCCCUCAAGGGCAACUCGGACAACAACAACAACAACAACAACAACAACGGUGGUGACAACAACAACUCCGGCUCUGGCAACUGGGGUGAAGUUGGCCAGGCCGCCAAGCAGGCCUACAGCGACUACGAGUCCAAGGGCAACCUCGACUACAAGCAGCUCGGCAACGUUGCCAAAGACGCCGCCGCGGCGUACAACUCCGAGUCCAACAAGAGCGACCUGGUCGGCAUUGGCAAGAACAUUGCCGCAGGCUUUUCUGGCCACGGCAGCAGCAACAACAGCAACAACAACACCAACAACAACAACAACACCAACAACAACACCAACAACAACACCAACAACAACAACAACAACGACAACAACAACAGCAGCAGCAACUUCGGCGGCAACAACAACAACAACAACAACUCGAGCAACAACGACAACUUCGGCUCCAACAACAACUCGGACAGCUACGGCUCCAACAACAACUCCAACUCGGACAACUUUGGCUCCAACAACAACUCGGACAACUACGGUUCGAACAACAACAGCAACAACAACAACAACAACAACGACAACAACUACUAA